AUGGGUAUUCCUUCAAAAUCUUUCUUUCUAUCCCUUGAUUUGAAUGGUGAUAUCACAGAAAGAAGGGACUCCUUCUGGUGCAAAGUUUUUGAAGUGAGAGCCAUGAGAAGAAGGCAGGAGAGGAAAUUCAAGCACAGGAUGAAGAAGAUCUGUGGAGGCCAUGGAUGGAGCACAAGACCCAGAAGAAGUUUGAUGAAGAGAACAAGGCGAAUGAAGGGGAUGGAGAGAAAAGUUAGAACCCUAAGGAAACUUGUCCCAAAUGGAAAGUCCAGAGGCUUGGGAGAGCUUUUUGAGGAGACUGCUGAUUACAUAUUGUUUUUACAAAUGCAGGUGAAGGUUCUGCAGGCUCUGGUUAAGGUGUCGACUGAUUCUAAUUUCUAA